UACUAUGCUCUGUCAUAUGAAUGGGGAGAUGAAAGCAAGGAUGACCCCGAUAUUAAUGUUACCGAUCGCCAGGUUCAAAUUCGCAGGAACCUUUUUGAUGCUCUGAAGAGCAUACGAAAGCCAACUGAAGAUGUACGACUCUGGGUUGAUGCAAUAUGCAUCAACCAGUCGGAUGUCCAAGAGAAGAGCCAGCAAGUCGCCAUGAUGGGCGAGACAUUUACAAAAGCACUCGGUGUUAUCUCAUGGCUCGGUCCAGCCAAAGACGAUAGCGACCUUGCUAUGGAAUUGAUGUCAGACGCCAAUGCGCUCGAAGCCAAUCUUCCAUCCUUCAGCAAAGACUCAACUGAAUUGAAGGCCCUUUUUUCGCUUUGUCACCGAAGAUACUGGCGCCGAGUCUGGAUCAUACAAGAGCUAUACCUUGCAAAGAGCUACGCCAUAUGGUGCGGCGCCAAAUCUAUCCCCGAUACCGAGUUUGAGGAUUCUCUGGCAGCCCUGAACGGCUCGAGCAGCACGUAUAGCGAUCAUUUCAAGCAUAACCCUGCGAACCACCACCGGAUGGCUCGGUUAUUCCGCUCCACUACUUUCAACAAUUUGCGCCGGUGGAUAUGGGUUUGCCUUCGUGGCGACUUUCAGUGCACGAGGGAACAGGACAUUAUAUAUGCUCUUCUUGACAUCUCAGACGAUUAUAAGAAUGCAACAGGGAGCUUGAAAGUUGACUACUCAAAGUCGCCGCGUGAGGUCUUUCUGCAGCUU